AUGCUCGCCUCUCUUCUACGCGCUGGACGGCGCGUACCGUUUCGCUCUGCACGCUACGCCUCUACCACUGGACCUUCGAGCAGCACCGCGUCCACAUCACCGUCAGAUGCAGUCUCAGAGACAGUGGCCACCGCCGAGCGGUCCCAGCGGCAGUCUUCGUCUGCCAACUCCUCGGCAUAUAUCCACCCACACUCCCCUUUGCUCUCAUCCGACCACGGCCUCUACGGCUUCUUUCGCCGAAAGGCUCCGUCUGACAACAAGGAACUCGUUGGGGAGGAGCAAUAUGAAACCGUCAUGGAUCCGACCAUUGCAUAUUCAGGCACACCGUGGCUUGCCUCAGAACUGCGGCUGAAGAGCUUCAAAGACCUCCACACGCUGUGGUAUGUGCUGCUUCGUGAACGCAAUCUCCUGGCGACACAGCGGGAUGAGAUGCGCCGGCUGGGUUUGACCAGCCUGAACCAGCCCCCUCAUCGCCAGACUCGGGCCAACACAGCGAAUUGCCGCACAUCCAUGGCUCGCAUCAAGGGGGUCAUGAAUGAAAGGCGUCUGGCCUACGAAGGUGCCGUCGCGUUGGCCGAAGAGCAACGCGAGGAAGCAACAACUCAAGCUAUCCUACAAUUCAAAAUCGGCCAGGAAGGCGGUCGACAGAUACCCGGAUUCAAGACGCAUCCAUCAUCGGCAUCUCGCCCGAAACGACGCGCUGCUGUAGUCACUCCAGGCGAAAAGAAGGCAAGGUGGACAAGAGAGCAAAAGCGGGAGCGCAAACAGCAGGUCGCUGGAGAACGGAUCCUGCAGGUAGCAUGA